AACAGAACAACUAUCGAAAAUACACAAUUUCAAAGCUGGAAUAAGGACAGAAAAAAAGGUCAAAGAAGCAAGCCAGUUGAAGGAUUUACUCAACAUGGAAAAAAUGUAUUCAAUCAUGGUUGGCGUGACAAUUGGCUAGAAGUAAUGAGUAGUAACAUAAUUUUAUGGUUCUUGCCUUUAAGCUUGAAGGGCAACAAUACUAUGGAUGGUAUUCACCAUAAAUACAAUGCAAUUAUUCUGGAGGAGUACUUGAAUGAAGACAAGGCUAACUUAUGCAAUACUGUUUAGACAUUAAAUAAGCGAUAUGUGUUUUAAUAAACCACAGGGUGAUAAAUUAACAAAACUAUUUCUUCUCAAUACACUUUUCCUCUACAUUGACACCAAACUCUUUCUUUUUAGACAUCACAUUCCAGUAGUAUUGCCAGCCAAAAGAAACCAAUGUCAAGAAGAUGACAAAAGCAAGCAUGACAUACACGGGUGUGCGAAUAAUAUAAACAUUCGUAUGAUUUGGAUUUCCAUCAAAGAUCGAUAGGAAGGCAUUGAUAAGGCCCGUAUGAAUAAACAAGUCAAGGCCGAGAAUGAAAAGAUAGGCACCAAUAAAAGCAGUGCAAAAGAUAACAGAGUAACUUUCAGUCAGAAUGAUCAAGAUGACAAACACAAUGCCCAUACCCGCAAUAAAACAAACUCGGGCCACUUUCUAUAUGACGUU